UAUAAGUAUUAUUGAAACACAAAUUAAUAAAAUGUCUCAAUGUGCCUGAAACACAUGGUGUUCCUAGUUUUCUUUUGCCUGUGGCUACAAGAAGGUAUAAAAAAUGUGUGCCGGCGACUCUCUCGGCCAGUGUCCCGCCACCAUCGACAUGUCAUCGGCAAAAGUACUUCUGUGCGACCUCUGUGUCAUCUUGCUGUUCGGCCUCUCCUUUAUACUAGCCGAAGAAAAGACCAAGGCUAGCACAAAACCCGACGAAGGUCCCAAGGGCAACUGUUCGUGUGGUGGGUUCCCGACUUCGACCCCAGUGGCCGGCAGUGUGCCUCUACUCUCGCAGUCACCCGGCCUGGUCACCAAGUGUGACGACGAGGGCGAGAACGUAUGCAAGAACCUCUGCAUAGCCUUAGCUACAGCUACGAAGGCUAAAGGCCCAGAGAUCUUGUGCAACCGGCUCAAAAAUGCGGAUGAAUUGAAGUUGUCGGCGUUCUACAAAACCUGCGAAAAGCCGUGGACAUACGCCAAAAUGACAGCGGAGCUCCCACUGUGCUGUGAAAACAGCAAGGUGAAGCCCUGCGCCUCCGCCCUCAAAGCUGCCGCCAACGCCACCGCGCCCGCCGCCGAAAUCAAGCUUUAAAGCACGUUACUCUAACUUUGCUCCCUUCCCUGUACAUCUA